UAGGACACGCGCGCGCGCUGCAUCGAGUGCUUACACGUUUGACUUACAUACGUGCUUUGUGCCAAGUCACACGGCGGUCGUAAACGAGGUGCAAGUGGCGGCAUUAACUGCUCCAAUGGCCGCGGCUAUCCGCGUUCAGCAGCACGAAAGUCCCGCACAUGCGUGAGAGAGCGCGAGGACGAGCGGUCGAAGGAGCACGCUCUUGAAAACGGGGCUCGGGGAAUCCACUCGUGAUGAUCAUCAAGCCGCAGAUCGUCGGACGAAGGACGUCGCUGGCCGCGAGAAGCGGCCGCGGUCUCUGGACGAAGAUCCUCCGCGGGAAAAAUAGGCCGCUGGCGUCGGAGGUCUUAACGAGCUACCUAUUGCAAAGCGGCGAGCCCCCCUGGACCUCGUACUUCGUCCGCUAUGCCGACGUGGUGAACGAUCAGCGCGGCAUGUCACAUUUCAAUUGGGCCGCGGGCGGCAGCAAUUACCACGUGCUUAGGACCGGCUGUUUCCCGUACAUCAAGUACCACUGCAGCAAGCGGCCGAAGCAGGACCUCAGCGGCGAGGACAGAUUCUUCAAGGCGAUCAAGAUAUUGAACCUUGGCAUUCCCACCCUGGUGUACGGACUGGCGGCCACGCAGCUUAUCCGACAUCGCGAGAUCGUCAAGACUCCUCGGGGCGACGUGACGAUCUACUUCUUGCUACCGGAGGACAAAGGCUCGCAAUACUGAGGCCGAUUUACACCGACGCUAAUUCGUAUCGGGGCCCCUCGUCAUGGCCCCCCUCCCCCGACGGCCCGUUAACGCGCACACGCCGCGCGUGCGAGAGAGAGAGAGAGGGAGAGAGAGAGAGAGAGAGAGAGAGAGAGAGCUCCGGUGGACGAUCGUUACGCUUCUUUCAUCCCCUCGUCGUCGUCGUCCCGGCUGCUUGUCGAAUGCGAGGGAACACGAAGAUGGGAGAUUGAGCGCGCAAGAAAACGUCAGUACUGUCGCGAAUGUAUCCGCGCGGCGGAUGCAGACGCUAAUUCCGUCAACUAACAAAAUGGAGAGACAGCGCUUUUGUGCGCCUUUGUUGCUGCGUAUAUAUGUAUUGAGCUGUCCUUAAAAUAACGACGUAAUUCAAGAUAAGUAUGAAUGGCAUUCGUUUAGUGGCGUCGUCGACUGUGUCAGCCGAGCGAGAUGUUAAUAAACAUUUACACCAUU